UGGCGAAAAGCUCUGUAUCUCACCCUCACACGCUCAGCUGAGAGUAUUGUGCAUGAAUCGCAAAAUGGCUUUGUUACGGUAUACGAUGGAUACCCAAAAUCAACAGUUCAUUUGCUAAUAAUACCGAAUAAGAAGCUCAAGUCACCACAGCAAUUAACCAGAUCUGGUGAGUUCGGAUUACCAUUCCUCCGUCAAGUUCGUGAGUAUGCUACAUGGCUCGUCGGAGAACUACACAAACAAGAGAAUUUGAAAGAGUUGAAUUUUAAAGUUGGCAUUCACGCCGUACCCAGUCUCGAGCCCUUCCACGUUCACGUUAUCUCCACUGAUAUGAGAAGUUCGCGAAUUAAACACAAAAAGCAUUGGAAUUCCUUCAACACUCCGUUCUUUGUUGAGCUGAGCGAAGCGGAGGAGAUAUUACAACGCGAUGGGAAUCUGCACUCCAUCCUAAGUCGAGAGGCACAUUUACGUGAUGACCUGCUGUGUAACGUAUGUGGUCACAAUUUCGGUGGUCACUUCACGAAGCUGAUUCGUCAUGUUAUGGUAUGCUCACAGCAUCCCGCGACGAAACGGAGUGCGGCUGUGGAUGACUACAGCGAAAAUCAGACUAAAUCUCGACGACUUGAGAGUUGAAUGCUCCCC